AUUGAAUAUCACAAAUUUUUUUUUAUCAUUAAAAAGUCUUUUAAAUCUUAAUUCAACACCCCUAGACAAGUGUGUCUCAGAAUUCAGAAGCUAAAUUCUAUAGUGAAAGAAAUCGAAAUGGAAAAUUCAGAUCACGACGAACCAGACAAGAAGAAGCCUCAUCUUCUCACUCCUAUUUCUUCCCGCGUCUCACGAAAUUCAAGCAACCAUUCUCCUAACAGUAAAACUGCUGAUGCAGGUGUCUUACAGCUCCAGAAUCAGCAGCUUGUUCAGCAGACAGAAGUCCAGAAACAGGCUAUACAAGACCUUGAAGAAAAAACUAAAGAAUUAAAAGAAAGACAAAAUUCGUACGAUGACAUAUUAAUUGCAAUAAACCAACACUGGGAUCAGCUGGUUGAUGAUAUGGCUCUUCUCGGGAUACAAGCUGGGAGAGGAAAAGAUUCUUUGAAAACUUUGGAUUACCUUGAUAAUCCUCAAGAUUCCUUUCCUUCGUGUCCUCCGGAUGAUCUACUUCUAUGUAGAUUAAUCCAGAAAGAUUCUUUGGAGGGAGGCAGUAAUGAUGAGAUUACUAAUUAUGUUGAGGAAGCCCUUGCUUUGCGUCGGUUAUCUACCAGGGAGUUGUUGAAACUCAUUCAAGAUACUGUUGAUGAUCAUAUGGAAAGAAUUGAGAAUAUAGGUCAGGUUUUACACGAAGAUUUAUCCACGGAAGAUGUUAUCAUCAAAAUGUCUAAGAUUGAUGAUAUGACGAAAAAGGAAUCCAACAAUUUUCGUGAAGUGAUUGAUACUCUCCAUGCAAAACACAAGGAGUAUACUGUUGGUAUACAGAAUUAUAUAGACGAGUGCUUACGAGAUCAAUCUGACAUAAGACACCUUACAGGAGAGUUUGACGAAAUCGUGGCCGAACUUGAAGAGAGUAGAAGAAAACUAGUCAGUCUGAAAAUGCAAAAGGAUGCAGCUAUGGGAAUGAAUUCCUCCAAUGCUGAUGCAGUGAACGGAAAAGUGUCUCCUGAGAAGCCUGCAGAGAGAGCUAUGGGUUUGUCUGAGUUGAAGAAUUCAAUUGAGGAAGUGAAGAUAGUGAAUGCUGAUCGUCUUUCUGAGCUUCAAGAUUCAGGGGAAGAAAAUCAAAUAUUGACAAAGCAAUUUGAGGAACUUCAGAAUGAACUAAAUGAUGAUAAGUAUGUACGCACUUCCCGAGUAUACUCUUUGGCAAAGGAUCAACUUCAACAUUGGAUUGCUGAAUUGGAUAGAUUUAAAUCAUUGACAGAGUCUCUGCAGGCUAGCAGGACUAACAUUGCAAAACGGGAGAAGGAAUUGAAUUCUAAAUUGGAGUCUGCGGUUAAUGCAAGGCAUAUCCAUGACAUUUCUGACUCUAGGACUGAUGAGCUCAAGAUUCAGUUGCAAAAGUGUAUUAAUGAAAGGAAUGAUCUUGAAAUCAAGAUGGAAGAGGCCAAACAAGAUAUUGGGAGAAAAGAUAUCAAAGCUGAGUUUGGUGUGAUGUCUUCAGCCUUAUCUAAAGAAAUGGGGAUGAUGGAAACACAGUUGAAGCGAUGGAAAGAUGCAGCUCAUGAAGCUGUAUCAUUGCGUGCGAAAGCACAUUCGCUAAGAGAGAAAUUGAGUGGGAAGACAAGCGAACUCAAGAGCCUUGCAAACAAAUGUGCUGAGCAGGAUUCGGAAAUAAAGUCGUCAAAAGCAAUGAUUGAAAAGUUACAGGAGGAGAACCAGGAGUUAGAAUUUGUUUUGGAUAUGUAUGGUCUGGAGGAUUAUCAGAAAAGCUUGCCAGAAGUUAGAGAAUCUGAAAGUAAAGCACACUCUCAAGCUGAAAUGCUUAAAAAAGCCUUAGAUGAACAUGGUCUAGAGUUGAGAGUAAGAGCUGCUAAUGAAGCUGAAGCUGCUUGUGAACAAAGGCUUUCUGCUGCAGAAGCUGAAAUAGAAGAGUUAAGGGCCCAGCUUGAUGCAAAUGAAAGGAAAAAAUUGGAGAUGACCGAGGCUAUUAAAGCUAAAGAGGCUGAGGCAGAAACCUAUAUAUCUGAAAUCGAGACUAUUGGUCAAGCAUAUGAAGAUAUGCAGACACAGCACCAACGUCUAUUACAGCAAGUGGCUGAGAGGGAUGACUGUAAUAUCAAGCUUGUAUCAGAAAGCAUGAAGGCAAAACAUUUACAUAGCACUUUAUUGUCUGAAAAGCAAGCCUUCGUUGAUCAACUUCAAAAGAUUAAUUCUUUGAUAGAAAAUUCAAAGAAGAGGAUUGCAAAUAGUGAAGAACAGAUCAAACACAUUCUAUCAGAAGCUGCUAAAUGUACUCACGAUGAAAAACACCUCGCAGCCGCCUUAGAGUUUGCCAGGUGGGAAUUGGCAGAUGCUGAGAAGGAGUUGAAGUUGCUCAAGUCUGUUGCUUCAGCUUCAGAGAAAGAGUACGAGCAGAUUCAGAAAGAUGUGGAAGCUUUUGAAAAGGAAUUGGAUAGUGAAAGGAGUUCACGGAAGAAGCUUGAGGAAGAACUAAUGGAAGUGAAUAACCAAAUUACUGAGCUGAAUUCUGAUGCCAAAAAAACUGCAGUACAACAACUUGAAGAAGAAAUCAGAGUUUGCAAAAACAUGAUCAAGUGUACUGUCUGUUCUGACCGUCCAAAGGAGGUUGUGAUUGUGAAGUGCUAUCAUUUGUUCUGCAAUCCAUGCAUACAAAGAAAUCUUGAACUCCGUCACCGCAAAUGUCCUGCCUGUGGAACAGCAUUUGGACAGAGUGAUGUUCGCUUUGUUAAAAUAUGAGACUGAUAACUCAUGUCAUGAUAACCUUGUGCUGUUUAAUGUAUUGGAUCCUUUUUCAUGGGUGUUUGUUUGUCCUUGAUAGUACUUUGUAGACAGGCGUUCUUAUCCAAUAAGCAAUCAAUUUUGCAGAUUAUAGACAUUGUUGGUAUUUCUUGCACUUGUUUUGUGUAAGACUAUUGUUAGCAUCAAUUCACUUUCAGGCAGCAUAGUAGGUGCUGUCUACAAAACAAAACCAAACAAAAAGUUCAGUAAAUUGUUAAUAAGAUGUGACUCAUGAUAUAUUUAUAA